UAACUAUUCAAAUAUGUUAGGGACAAAAUAUACACAUCUCAAUAUACAUUCAACUGAAUUGAUGAAAGUGAAAAAUAAAGUAUGAUUUUAAACACCAUUGACGACAAAAACAAAAACAAAAUCAGAGUAUGCUUUCGUCAUGAAAUUGCCUCCUAUUUGUAUCUCUGAAAUCAAAUUUAUCUCGCUUGUUUGAUACCUUCAAUAGCUUGAUCGAUUUUUGAACUGACUACAAUGGAAAUAAAAAUAUUUAGCCUCUCUUUUAUUUGUCUAGCAAAUAGGAAUAAUAAUCUCUCUUUAAUAGGAAAAGAAAAGUCACGUUUCUCUGAAAGAGCUCACCGGGGGAGGUUAGUGUUUCUCUCAGAGAGCUCACUAGAAAGGUUAUUUGUGUGUUUCUCUCAAAGAGAUUUGGAAAAGGUAUGUAAACUUUCUCCUUUUGAAUUUUGAUUUGGCAAAGGUUUUAAUUUCAAUUUUAUUGAAGUAGGGCGGAAGUUUCUUUCCUUAUUGAGAAUCAUUAGUUAGCAGUUUCAGUUAGUUAACUUUCCUAUUAGUUGUUAGUCACAUGGUUAGUUAGUUAAGUCACAUGGUUAGUUAGUUAGUUGGUUAUAUUGUUAGUUAGUGUAAUCACAUUUUUUCUUAUUCUUUGAUAAGUCUAGUAACUUCCAAAUCACAUGUAUAUAAUGGAAGAGAAGUCAUAGAUGAAAGGUAACACAAUUGAAAGGAAAACAGAUUGUUUCUCUCUUCUUCUUCUUCUUCCUCUCUACAAUGGCAGUUAGCUCAUUGCAUCAGUGAAAUCGUUGGAGCCAUUGGAGCUCUUAACUCACUGCAUCAGUGAGUUCUUGUUAUGGUAUCAGAGCAGGGAUAGAUUCCCUCGUUUUUGUGACUGUAGGAUCUGUGUUUGAUCCUGUUUUUGUAUCCAAAUCCAUUAGUUUGCCAUGGCAGAAGUCACAAGUCAAACAACUGCUGCUAGAAUUGAUAUGAAUAGUGUGUUCUAUGUUCAUCCUUCAGACAAUCCAGGAACACCACUCGUUCCAGCUCAAUUUGAUGGAGUUGGAUACAGAUCAUGGAGAAGAGAGAUGUGAUGAUAUGGUAACUUCAUGGAUAUUGAAUUCUCUUACCAAAGAGAUUGCAGAUAGUGUUGAAUAUGUUAACAAUUCGUGUGAGCUUUGGAAGGAGCUAGAAGACAGAUAUGAUCAGACAAAUGGUGCGAAAUUAUAUCAGAUUCAAAAGGAGAUUGAUGAUUUAACACAGGGAACACUAGACAUCACUGUCUAUUACACAAAAUUGAAGAAGCUGUGGGAAGAACUAAACACUUUGAACACGAAGAGCAUAUGCACAUGUACAUGUACUUGUGGUGCCAAAGAUAGUAUGCACAAAUCAGAACAGGAUAGACGAUUGAUACAAUUCCUUAUGGGAUUGAAUGAAGUUUACACUGUGAUUAGAGGUAACAUACUCAUGAUGAGUCCUCUACCUUCUAUUGCACAAGCCUUCUCUCUGUUGAUUCAAGAGGAAAAACAAAGAGAAUACAGGCCUACCAGUCGUACACCUAUGGAGUCAAUCUCACUAAAUGCAAAUGCUGGCAGAGGAUCACAAGGUGGAAGAGGAUAUAGAACUAGUUUCUCAAGUAAUAGUGAAUUGAGUAACAAUAGUAACAGAGGUGUUUUGAUCUGUGAUUUCUGUAAGAAACAAGGUCACAUUAAGGAGAAGUGUUAUAAACUACAUGGAUAUCCUCCAAAGAAUAAUGCUCCUAAUAAUAGAACAAACAAUCCACAACAGUUCAAUACACAACAACAGUUCAAUACACAACAGUUCAGACAGAACAAUAAUCAAAACUUCAGAGGAAGAAGGAUUGUGGCUAAUGCACAUGGGGAAGAAUGCUCACAAGAAAACAAUAAUUCAAAUGCUGUCAUUACACAAGAACAAUAUGGUCACAUUAUGAGCUUGUUACAGCAGUUUCAGAUUGAUGGUUCAGGAGAGGAUUCCAAGAAUAAUGCUGAAUCUAACAAGUUUGCAGGCCCCUUCAGUGAAGAGGCCUCAGGCAAUUGGUAGUAGCAAGGAUGGCAUUUACUAUAUGUGUGGAAGAUGCUUGAAAAAUGCUACUCAAUCUACUGAUCUUGUUUGUAGUUGUAUACCUCAUGUUUGUAGGAAUAUUCCCUUUCUAAGUUCAGUUUGUAAUGAUUCAUUUGUGGAAAAUUCCAGUAAACUUCCUGUAAUGUCUGUUUCUUCAUCUACUGAGAAUACAAAUAUGUUGAAUAAUUGUGUAUCUCUUGAACCUCUUAAGGAUGAUGUGGAUUUACUGUGGCAUAACAGACUUGGCCAUGUACCCUUUGUAAAGAUGAAAAACAUGCCUACAAUUCCUGUUAAGUUUUCUGCUAGACAGCCCUUUACUUGCACUGUAUGUCCAAUGGCAAGACAAACCAGACUACCAUUCACUCAUAGUACAACUCAUUCUAAGAGUAUCUUUGACCUUCUUCAUAUUGAUUUAUGGGGUCCUUACCAUGUUCCUACAUAUGACAAUUGUAGAUAUUUUAUUACCCUUGUAGAUGACUAUAGUAGAGCUACCUGGACAUAUUUGUUAAGCACCAAAAGUAAUGCCAUACAGGUUCUUCAAACCUUUAUCAAUAUGAUAGAAAACCAGUUUCAAACAACUGUAAAGUGUAUCAGAUCAGACAAUGGGUUAGAAUUCAACAACAAUGAAACACUUAGGUUCUUUCAAGCCAAAGGCAUUACACAUCAGAAAAGUUGUCCUUAUACUCCACAGCAAAAUAGCAUAGUGGAGAGAAAACACAGAUACUUGCUUGAAACAGCUAGAGCACUACUUUUCCAAUCCAAGUUACCUACUAAGUACUGGGGUGAUUGCAUUCUUACUUCUACAUACCUUAUUAACAGGCUUCCAUCCACAUAUCUACAAAAUAAGUGUCCUUAUGAGAUGUUGUAUAAGGAAAAACCAAAAUAUAGUCAAUUAAGAUCUUUUGGAUGUCUAUGUUAUCCCACAUUACCUAAGGUUCACAGAGACAAACUAGAACCAAGAACCACCCCUCAUAUCUUUAUAGGAUAUCCAUCUGGAAUAAAGGGGUACAAGGUAAUGAGUCUUGCCACAAGGAAAAUACAAAUCUCAAGAGAUGUAAUUUUUCAUGAGGAUAUUUUUCCAUUUUCUUUCUCUUCAGAUAAUAGCAAUUUUUUCUCUAUUCCAAAGACUUGUUCUACUGAUCUGUCUGAAUCUUGUGAUGCAUUGUUAAAUAGUCAUUUAGAUGUAAUUGAUGAUCAUUCAACUCUGUCUCUCAACCCUCAACCUAUACAUCCAUCACCACCUAUACAAACUGAAGUACCAAUCCCACCUAUACCACAGAGAAAAUCCAA